AUGAAGCAUUUCCUACCACUGCUCGGUUUGGUGGCGCUGCUCGGUGCGGUCACAGCGGGACCGAUAUCGAUGAGCAACAACAACAUCGGGGACAUCGUGAAGGUUAACGUGGAUGCCGACGUCGAUAUCAAGAGCGAGAUCAACGUGGAGCUGGUGAAUGUGAUUGCCGAGCUGCUGCUGGAGCUGCGGGAUGUGAACGUGAACGUUUGCCGGGGAUCGUCCUCCGAAUCGUCAUCCUCCUCGUCUGAGGGCACCAGUGAGGAGACUAGUGAGGAGACUAGUGAGGAGACCAGCGAAGAAACUAGUGAGGAGACUAGCGAGGAGACUAGCGAGGAAACUAGCGAGGAGACUAGCGAGGAGACUAGCGAGGAGACUAGUGAAGAAACCAGCGAAGAAACCAGCGAAGAAACCAGCGAAGAAACCAGCGAAGAAACUAGUGAAGAAACCAGUGAAGAAACUAGCGAAGAAACUAGCGAAGAACUCAGCGAAGAAUUAAGUUCCACUACCAUCACUACCACCGGCACUUUGCCAACAACGGGACUGCCUGAUGCCAUGCCCUACCAGCAGUUGGUGCAGUCGCUCGUGAAGACCAAACCGGACGGUUACAAUGCGCCCGGCAUGACCAAGGAGCAAAAGGAGCAACUGUGGCGCCAGCAUGUGGAGCAGCUGGUCCAGAAGCACAUCGUCGACCGUCAACCAUAA